CACUUCCGUAAAUAAUUGGCGGGAGAUGCAAAGAACCAGGAAGUAAUUCCGUUUGUUUUGCGGUUCAGUGUUGGAGGCAGGGUUAGAGCAACAAAAGUCAGAAAACGAGUGAGAUAAAGAUUUAAAGCGAAAAAUGGAUGACAAUGCACCUCUGCAGGCAGGUGACUGGAAGAAGACUAAAGAGGCGGUCGCUAACUUCCGUCGACUGUUGCUUUGCUCCAAAUGCUCAAAUUUGAUGGAGGAGCCAGUGUGUCUGGGGAUGUGUGAGCAUAUGCUGUGCAGGUCUUGUGCUGGCCCUCGGGCUGGAGAUGGCUGCGCGGUGUGUUGCAGCCCUGCGUGGGUGAAGGACAUCCAAAUCAACAGGCAGCUCAGCAGCGUCAUACAGCUCUUCAGCGGCCUGGAGUCCCUGCUUAAUCCCACAGAACGACUAGACUCCUCUGUUGCCGAGGUCAGAUCACAGGCGGAGGCCGCUGCCCUGAAAGAGAAGAAGAACUUCCGGAUCUGGUUUAGUCCCCGCAGUCGAAAGGUGCGCUGCAAGGUGGAAAAGCCUGUAGGGGUCACCGGUCCCGACAAGAAGUCCUCCGGAGAACGGCCCGCAGCUCAGUCCAACGGCCCCGCACCUCCCAGCCAGGACCUUUCCGUCUUUAAUUUCACUUCGUCCUCCCAAGACUCUUCGCCUUCUCAAAGUGCAAAUAAUGUCAAGAGGAAAGCAAAGAAGAGGUCAAAGAAAGGGGCCGCUGGCAGGCGGGUUCAAGGGCGCCCUAGAACCACACGUAAACAGGCCGAAGAGAAUAUGAAAAAGAAGAGGCUGGUGGCCGUAAACCAGCAAUGGGGAAUUACAGACGACCAGAACCCAUCCUCUGGACCCGAGCCGCUUUGUGCUGAUGGAGCAAGAAGCUCCGGUAAAAGGGUGUCUUUCUUAAGCCCUCCUGUCACCGCCGAUGAGCCUCACACCGAAGCUUCGCGGGUUUGUGAGCCCAGUUUGAGCAGCGGCACAAUAAACGAGGGUAUCUCGGGAGGAGAGGUCGACGUGUCGAGUCAGCACGGUCGGAGCCCAUCCAGCGAGGUGGUGUCAACGAACGGCCCUGAUCCAGACGACGAUUCCAAUAAAGGCAAAGGCAUGUCGCCCCAAGAGAAUCCCCCCAAGAGGAAGAAAACGGAGAAGGCAAACUGCCCGUUGGAAACCACGCCAAAAAGACGGACGGCAACUCCGGGCCAAAGGAGGAAAUCGCCAGGCGCCCGGUCUUUGCCUUUCAGUAAGCCUUUAACUUUAGCAAGCGCCACGAGCGGAAGGAUCGAUAAGAAAGCGAGAGCAGAUGCACAGGGCAGCCCCUCUGCUGCGGCGCUCGUGUCUCCGGAAAGGCGCGACAAAGCUUCGUGCAGUCCUCGGCUGCCUGCCGGGCGUCCAAGCCCCGGAAGCCCUGCAGUGAUGAAGAGGAACCACAAGGGAGAGACCCCUCUUCAUCUUGCUGCAAUAAAGGGAGACGUGGAUUCUGUCAAAGAACUUCUGGACCAGGGAGCCGACCCCAACCUGAAGGAUCAUGCCGGUUGGACGCCCCUGCAUGAGGCUUGUAAUCUGGGCCACCUGGCUGCUGUGGAGGUUUUGCUCUCAAGAGGAGCCCUGCUGAACACACCUGGCUAUGAAAAUGAUUCUCCGCUCCAUGAUGCCGUGAGGAAUGGACACGCGGCCAUUGUUAAGCUGCUGCUGCAGCUCGGUGCCUCACAGAAUGUCCUUAAUUUGCAUGGAAAGCGGCCUGCAGAUUAUGCAGUGAGCCAGGAGAUGCUGGAGAUUUUCCAGGAAGCUGCAGAAGGAACCCGCCAUGCUAAUUCUCAUACAUCUCAUAGCCCCUCAGCCACUAUCUCUGCGUCAAGUGAGAGCGUGAGAAGGGACCAAACUUUACUACUGCUGCUGGCCAGCAAACUGUCGUCACCAGAGCAGCGUCAGCUGGCCAGACUGGGAGUGCUACUGGGAGGGAGGAUCGCUGGUGCCUUUUCUGGCCCAGUGAGCCAUGUCGUUGUGCCAGAAGGACAAAUGCCCACCACCUACUCCACCCUCCUGGGUCUUCUUGCCGGCUGCUGGGUUGUCAAAUACAGCUGGGUGGAAGCGUGUCUGCAGGCGGGGAAGUGGCUGCCUGAAGCUGAGCACGAAGCGGGAGAAGGCGCUGAGCGCAGUCGCAUCAACAGAUGCAGCUUGCUUCCACCCCUCUUCGAUGGCUGUUUCUUCUUCCUCCGCGGUUCCUUUAAGGCACCGACCAAAGACGAGCUGGCUAAGCUGCUGCGAGAAGGAGGCGGCCAGCUCCUGGCCCGGCAGCCCAAGCCGGACAGCGACGUGACGCAGACCCUGAAUGCGGCAGCCUACCACGCCGAGCCGGGCUCUGACCAGGCCUUAUGCACCCAGUACAUCAUCUACGAUCCGCAGGGAUCCUACAAACCAGCGGUUGUCAGACGAGGGAAGGUGUGGUCGGCGCCUUCUACCUGGAUCAUCAACUGCAUCGCGGCCUUCCGCCUCCUUCCUGUGCCUCAACAUUAAAUUAAGACCAGUUUUGUUUUUUUAUCUGCCCUGAAUAACUUGUGAGAUUUUACUCACUCUUUAAAUGUUUAUUUCUAGCAUAAAUUACUCAUUGUUUAGCAAACUAAAAGCAAUAAUGAUUCAUUUUAUGAUCUGAUCCAUGCAUGAAAUCUUACAGGAAUCAAAAUGAAAGUUGUUCCGUUUUAGGUAUAUACUAUUUAACCAAUGGCUGCCUGCUGCGGUUCACAAGACUGCAAUAGCCGUUGCACAACUGCAACGCAACUUUGUGUUCUCGGAAUAUAGCUCCAAAUCAUGUCUGUGGGGAACUGUGUAGCUUUCAUCACCUGAAUAACAUAAUAAAAUAUAUGCGCAGACAUUUGCAUAAUUUAUGAAGUGUCUGUAUGUUUGUUAUACUGUGAGGGAUUUUCACCGUAUGUUUGUGUUAAUUCAGGGGUAUUUAGAUCGUGUCCAACUUUAGAAUUUUUAACAAAUUUGUCUUGCGAAUACUCUAACCUGGCCUCGGUUGUACAUUCCUGCUACCGGAUCGCGUUUGAGUUUCUCUUGUCGUUUCAGGUCAGGUAGCCAUCCGUCACUUCUGUGGCAGGGUUCACGGUAGCCGCAGGGUAAAUAAGGCAGUCCAGACACAACUCUCGUCAUUAAUGUCUUUCAGCUUAUUCGGUUUCCCUGCCCUGCUAAAUAUAGCUAUCCCUCUAACAUGGUCUGUUUCUGGUAUUGAGUUUUUCUCACCCCGGAAACAUCCACGAGGUUAAGCACCCAGGCUCAUCCAUAAUGAGGUGGUGAAAAGCAUUGUUUUAAAAAAAGAAAAAGAAAAAAAAAAAAACUGUUUGAUGUAAAGUUGUAGCUUGGUAAUACUAGACUUUCUGGGAUGAGAUGAACCACCCUGCAGAGGAAGCGCGUGGCUCUGGAUUUAGUUCUGAAGUUAGAUCGACUGAGAUGAGAUUGAACUGGAUCAUAAUUUGCCGCCUCUUGACAACAACGCUGCGGCUCAGCACCGACGCCUGUCGAUCUUCGGCUCGCUUUCAGCACCUUCA